AUGGCGCACACAAACACUGUCGACUGUGGGUUCAUCACGGGCUUGAUCACCGAGGGCGAUGGAAAAGACUUUAUAACUAGACAUAACCUCGCGAGACUAGACUUGGGCGACGACACCAAGGCCAUCGAGGAGACCGGAGCCGAGCAGUCAUCUCUGCCUUCAUCAAGGCCCAAGAACAAGACGCAGCGACAAGCUACUCGUCGCAGGAUUCAUUACAAGGAGGACACAGACGGCGACAUCUCUAGCGAUGAAGGCGAGGACGAUGACGAUGACGAAGACGACGAUCAGAGUACAGUCACAGAGGCCAUGACCGACGAUGGCAUGAGUCUGUCAAGUCUCGCAUCAGGAGAGGAGUAUACAGCGGAGGAACUAGCCGACGCUCAGAAUCAGCUGAACAACCAAAAGAGUUACGCCCUGGUGCCGACGAGGACAAGAAAGUAA